AUGGCCGCCGCCGCCGCAGCCACCACCCUCAACGACUUACCCGACGUCAUCCUCUCCAGCAUAAUGGCCGCCGUUUCCGACGUCCGCAGCCGCAACUCCGCCUCCCUCGUCUGCCACAAGUGGUACCUCCUUGAACGCGCCACCCGCUCCGCCCUCACCCUCCGCGGCAACAUCCGCGACCUCUUCAUGCUCCCCACCUGCUUCCAGUCCACCUCCCACCUCGACCUCUCCCUCAUCUCCCCCUGGGGCCACCCCCUCACCUCCGCCGCCGAUCCCGACUCCGCCCUCAUCGGUCACCUCCUCCGCCACGCCUUCCCCGCCGUCACCUCCCUUGCGAUCUACGCCCGCGACCCCUCCACCAUCCACAUCGUGGUCCCUCAGUGGCCCAACCUCGAGCGCCUGAAGCUCGUGCGGUGGCACCAGCGCCCGCAGACGGAGGCCGCCGGCGACGAGCUUAAACUGCUCAUCUCCGAGUGCGGGACUCUGAAAUCCCUCGAUCUCUCCUCCUUCUACUGCUGGACGGACGAUGUGCCUGCCGCCCUCGGCUCCUGCCCUACCUUCGCCGCGAAUCUCAAGUCCCUCAACCUCCUCAACUCCUCCUUCUCAGAGGGUUUCAAGUCCGACGAGAUUAAGGCUAUCACCAAAGCCUGCCCCAAUCUCCGUGAAUUCCGGGCCUCCUGUAUGUUCGACCCCAGGUACAUCGGGCACGCCGGGGAUGAGGCCUUGGUUUCCAUAUCGGUCAACUGCCCCAAAUUGGAAAUCCUUCAUUUAGCCGACACCAAUGCCUUGUCCAGUUCCAGGACUGACUUCGAUCCGGACGAGCGCGAGGGUUUGGGUCAAGAGGAAGCUAAGAUCAACGUAGCUACUCUGAUUGAGGUCUUCUCUGGACUCCCUCUGUUAGAAGACCUAUCUCUAGAUCUCUGCAACAACGUCAGGGACAGUGGCCCCGCACUCGAGGUGCUCAACUCCAAAUGCCCCAAGCUCAAAUCCGUGAAGCUCGGCCAGUUUCACGGGAUCUCGUUGCCCGUCGAGUCAAAGCUAGACGGAAUCGCCCUUUGCCAAGGGCUCGAGUCUUUAUCCAUUAGGAAUGUGGAUGACUUGACGGACAUGGGACUGAUUGCGAUUGGCAGAGGCUGUUACAGGUUGGCCAAGUUCGAGGUCUACGGCUGCAACAAGAUAACUGUGAAAGGUAUGCGGACUAUGGCUAGCUUGCUGCGCAAGACACUAGUUGAUGUAAAGAUUGCUGCCUGCAAGAAACUCGGCGCUGUUCAGUCCUUGAAAGCUCUGGAGCCCAUUCAGGACCGUCUCGAGAGGCUCCACAUAGACUGUGACUGGGACUGCCCAGACGAAGAGGAAGAGGAGGAAGAGCCUAGCGACUACUUUGACUCUGCUGCCGAAUAUGAUGACGAGAUUUACAGUGUUCGCAAGAGGGCUCGAUACACAUACGAUCUGAAUUCUUCUUCCUCAGGUCUCGACGUAAAUGUCGAAGGCUAUGACGAGGACAAGACGUGGGCCAGACUGCGGUAUGUUUCACUCUGGCUUUCCGUGGGCCAGCUUCUGACUCCAUUAGUGGCUGCUGGGCUCAACGACUGUCCUGAACUGGAAGAGAUGAGUAUCAAAGUCGAGGGAGAUUGCAGGCUGCUGCCGAGGCCCGUUGUGCGCGAGUUCGGGCUUACUACUCUCCUUAAUUACCCUAAACUGUCAAGAAUGAAUUUGGACUGUGGUGACAUAAACGGGUAUGCCCACACAGCACCUUCAGGCCAGAUGGACUUGAGCCUUUGGGAAAGGUUUUAUUUGAUUGGUAUUGGCCAUUUGGGCCUGACGGAGCUUAACUAUUGGCCUCCGCAGGAUAGGGAUGUGAACCAGAGGAGUUUGUCCUUACCUGCUGCUGGACUGCUACAGGAGUGUAACUGGCUUAGGAAGCUUUUCAUACAUGGAACUGCGCACGAGCACUUCAUGAUGUUCUUUCUGAGGAUUGAAGGUUUACGGGACGUGCAGCUGAGGGCGGAUUAUUAUCCUGCGCCAGAGAAUGAUAUGAGCACUGAGAUGAGGGCUGACUCGUGCAGCCGUUUUGAGGUUGCUCUUAACAGGCGCCAGAUCUCUGAUUAA